AUGGCGACAGCAGCGCUCGGCGCGAGCCGAUUUCACCCCGCCCCACAAUCGCCGAUGCCGUUGGCCCGCGCCUCACUUCCGGAGCGCAAGCACGCGUUGGCGGCACUGCCCAACGACCGCGCCGCAUGGCGCGCGGCGCUGCCUCGCCGAGCCGCAAAGAAGGCCGCAGCCCUCAUCAAGAGCCUCGCUGGCUCAGAACCACAGAGGCCGAAGCUGGACAAACGCCUCCGGGAGCAGGUGGCGCUCCGCGUCGAGCGCUCGGACCCAGCGCUCGCCGCCAUCUACCGUCGCUGCUUCGACACGCUCGAGCCGCUGAUCAGCGUCCGCCGCGGCGAGCUGCAGUCUGGACGGCGUCCGACGCUCGCCUUCAUCUCGACGGGCGACAUCCCGCAGAUGUGGCUGCGCGACUCGACGGCGCAGCUGCUGCCCUACCUACGACACUCGCGCGCCGAGCCCGGCGCCGGCGCCCAGCGCCACGGCGGGCUAAACGCGACUCACCGCCCUACGCUCGAGCUCGCUGCCGCUCUGCUGCGCGCGCACACGCUGUGCCUUUCCGUCUCCAUAUACGCCAACAACUGCAGGCAGGCCUUCAGCGCCGGCGCCGGCCAGUC